AUGACAAACAACCUUCCUAGUCAAAUAAAGAUCGGCUCGUGGAACACAGGAGGACUACGAACAAACCAAAACACCAUGGGAGUGAUCUUGGAGGAAGAAGAUUACGAUAUCUUCGCUCUACAAGAAACAAAAUUGCCAGGUGACACACACAGAUUCACCUGGCCAGGCUACAACGUUUAUAGAGACGAUAUAAACGGACGCUCCGGAGGCACAGCGAUCUUGGUAAAAAAAGAGUUGUGCCAACACCGAAUAAAUUCACCGGACGGACUACUUAGCAUGGAGGCGACAAUAGUAGUCAUUAAAACAUCAUACGGCGAUAUUAGAAUAAUAUCAGCAUACGUAAGGCCUGAGACUACAAUACACGAGGAAGACGUGCUAGCAGUACUCCCAGAUGGUAAAAAAGGCAUAAUCAUAGGAGAUCUGAAUGCCAAAUCCCCUGCGUGGUACAGCACAAGAAGAAACAGACAAGGAAGAAACUUGGAGAAGAUCAUAGAAGAUCACCCAUCCUAUCAAGCGAUAGGACCAGUAAGACCGACACACUACCCACCAAAUGGAGGAAGGCCCGAGGUUAUAGACAUCGCCGUGUUGAGAGACAUGACGAUGCCUGUAGAAAUCCGGACCAUAGACGGCGGCGACGCUCAUUCACCAAUCGUCGUCACCAUCGGUAGCGGCAACAGACAAGCAGGAAGAACCGUGAGAAAAACCAACUGGGAGAAAUUCAGAAGGCUAACAGGACAGCUGUUAGGACCAAUCACGGAAAUAAAAAGCAAGGAGAUGCUAGAAGAACAGGUCUGUUUCUUCGAAGAAGCACUAUCAGAAGCGAUAGAACGAAGUACCACAAUGACCGUACCAGACAAAUACGGCAGAUUCAAAAAUAUAAGCGACGAUCUGAGAAAUCUGAUUAGGGAGAAAAACCGAAUAGCUAGAAGAGCCCAAAGAACGCAAAAUCCAGAAGAAAGGAGGAGAGUGAGGGAAAUGAAACAGGAAAUUCAAGAACAGCUACAGGAGCACAGAAGCGAGGAAUGGAACAGAAGGAUAAACGAACUAGAUCCGCAAUAA